AUGCCAGAAAAGGAAUUAGAUUAUAUAAGAUCAAGAGCUGCCGCUGUCGGUGAUAGUGACUCUCUUGAAAAGAAUGGUGGUAUCUAUAUUGAUGCCUUCGACAGAACCGGUCCCGAAUUAACAGGAUUUGCCAAAUUUGUUGAUAGCUUCAAGAGGGCAGAUGCUGUUGACUUGGGUCUUGAUCCAAACUUGACAGAUACUCAAAAAAUUGCUAUUAUGACAGCUAACUCUCCACUUUCAAGAUCUUUAAAAAGUAGACAUUUACAAAUGAUUGCUAUUGGAGGUGCUAUUGGUACAGGUUUAUUCGUUGGUUCUGGUGCUUGUUUAGGAGAAGCUGGUCCAGCAGGUGUUAUUAUUGCUUAUAUCAUUAUUGGUACUAUGAUUUAUUGUACUGUUCAAUCUUUAGGGGAAUUAUCUGUUACUUUCCCAGUCGCUGGUGCUUUCCUUACUUAUAACUCUAGAUUUAUCGAACCUUCAUGGGGUUUUACUAUGGCGUGGAAUUAUGCUAUGGGAUGGUUAAUUGUUUUACCCUUAGAAUUGGUGGCUGCUGCAAUCACAAUUAAAUUUUGGGAUGAAACUACUAAUUCAGCGGCUUUCGUUGUUAUUUUCUAUGUGCUAAUCUGUGCUAUUAAUUUCUUCGGUGUUAGAGGAUAUGGUGAAGCUGAAUUCUUUUUCUCAUUAGUUAAGGUUUUGGCUAUCAUUGGUUAUAUCAUUUUAGGUAUAGUUUUAGCAGCAGGUGGUGGUCCAAGUCAUGAAUAUAUCGGUGGUAAAUUCUGGACUAACCCAGGGGCAUUUGCCAAUGGUUUCAAAGGUGUUUGUUCAGUCUUUGUUACUGCAGCUUUCGCAUUUGGUGGUACUGAACUUUGUGGAUUAGCAGCUGCUGAAAGUGCCAAUCCAAGAAAAUCUGUUCCAAAAGCUACCAAGCAAGUUUUCUGGAGAAUUACAUUAUUCUAUAUUGUUUCUUUAACACUUGUUGGUUUAUUAGUUCCUUAUAAUGAUCCAAGAUUAAUUGCUAACUCUUCUGUUGAUGCUGCUGCUUCACCUUUUGUUAUUUCUAUUAAGAAUGCUGGUAUUUCUGGUUUACCAUCUGUCAUGAAUGUUGUCAUUAUGAUUUCUGUCUUAUCUGUUGGUAAUUCAUCUGUUUUUGCUUCUUCAAGAACAUUGGCUGCUUUGGCUGCUUCUGGUCAAGCUCCAAAGUUUUUAGGUUAUAUUGAUAAACAAGGUAGACCAUUAUUUGCUAUUAUUGUUCAAUGUACUUUUGGUUUAUUAUGUUUCAUUACUGCAUCCAAUGAUUCUGGUACUGUCUUCGAUUGGUUAUUAGCUUUAUCUGGUUUAUCAUCAUUAUUUACUUGGAUGUCCAUUAACAUUUGUUUAAUUAGAUUUAGAAGAGCCUUGAAAGUUCAAGGUAGAGAUACUAGUGAAUUGACCUAUACUUCUCAAGUUGGUGUUUAUGGUGCUGCUUAUGGUGCUGCUAUUAAUAUUUUGGUUUUAAUUGCCCAAUUCUGGAUUGCUUUAUUCCCAUUGGGUGGUUCACCAAAUGCUUCUGAUUUCUUUAUGUCAUACUUGGGAUUCCCAGUUGUAUGGUGUUUCUGGAUUUUUUACAAAGUUUGGAAGAGAGACUUGAAAAUCUUUAUUAGAGCCAAGGAUAUCGAUAUUGAUACUGGUAGAAGAGAAUUAGAUUUGGAUGUCUUGAAACAAGAAAUAGCUGAAGAAAAGGCUUUAAUGGCUACCAAGCCUUUCUACAUCAGAACUUGGCAUUUCUGGUGUUAA